GGUUGAUGACCCUUCGUGAACGCCGACUAUUUUGUGUAUAUGACGAAUAAAUAGGAUCAGUAAUGUGAAAUCCCUAUAAGGUGAACAAUUUUAAACAUCCAGUUUGUAUUUGAUUUAGCAAAGCGUUAAUUUAGAACUGUCUGUGAGAAAAUCUUGUGGAAUAUUACGGUUGAGCACCCCUAGUUACGUAAUGGGUUAGCUUAUCAUUACUGUACAGCGGAAGGAGGAGGACGUCAAUAUACAACAGCGUAUUUAUCCCAACAGGAGAAAUCCAUACUAUGUGGCUACCUAGUUAACUACCAAGUUAAAAAUCCACGACACAAUGCAAGCAUAGAUGACAACCCACUCCUCUAAACAGACCAACCACUUCAACUUUUAAACAAUUCUCUCAUCCAACAUCCCAGUCCUCUCUUCAAUGCCUAACAGUGGGGAUAGUUCAGGACCUAAUGUAUCUGGGAGUCAGCCAGGCGACCAGGCUACGCCCUUGUCCCAGCGACCCCCGCCCCCGGUCGGAGAGGAUGACCAACACGGCCUGCUGACCACUCUCACCCGAGACUCCCUGAGGACCCGGAGAGCCUCCAGCGCUGAGAUCCAGCUCCCAUGGACCUGCCCCGUCACUCACUCCAGAGAGAAGUUCUACACGGUCUGCUCAGACUACGCCCUCCUCAACCAGGCUGCCUCUCUCUACCGGCUCCCCAGCACCCCCAGAGAGGUGGCCCACAGCAAGCAGGAUGGCAGCGGCGCCCCAUUAGUGAAGUCCAACACUGUGGACCUGUGUCAGGGUCAGGGGCAGCAUGCAGGUGUAGAAGAGGCCUCAGACGAAGACUUUGAUAUGGAGGGAGUGUCCUGCAGCAACACCAAGCCUAUCCUGGCUUGGGAGAUUGAUACCACUAACUUUGACGCUGUGCUAAUUCGAAAGCCCAGGACAAGCAACAUAAAGAGAGUCGGUACUAAGAAGAUGAAGUCUUCAGGGGGCAGUAGGAACCUGCAGGACCUUCCUCUCCACGCCUCGCAGGAUGAGAUCAAACAGAGAAAAGUCCUGGACCUCCGGAGAUGGUACUGUAUCAGCCGUCCCCAGUACAAGACGUCAUGUGGGAUAUCUUCAUUAGUUUCCUGCUGGAACUUUCUGUACAGCACACUAGGAGCAGGGAGUCUCCCACCCAUCUCCCAGGAGGGGGCUCUUCAGAUCCUAGGCUUCCAGCCUCCUUUUGAGGAGAUCAAGUUUGGUCCCUUUACAGGCAACGCUACUCUGAUGAGAUGGUUCAGGCAAAUCAAUGACAAUUUCCGUGUCCGAGGAUGUUCCUAUAUUCUGUACAAACCCCACGGGAAACACAAGACAGCAGGAGAGACUGCUGAGGGGGCGUUGUUGAAGUUGACCCAGGGCUUAAGAGAUGAAACCAUGGCCUACAUUUACCACUGUCAGAACCACUACUUCUGUCCUGUGGGCUUCGAGGCCACACCUUUCAAAGCAGCCAAAGCCUACAGGGGUACAUUACCAACUAAUGAACUGGAACACUGGAUUCUGAUUGGUGAACCAAGCAGGAAACACCCUGCUAUUCACUGUAAAAAGUGGGCUGAUAUCGCCACAGAUCUCAACACACAAAAUCCAGAAUACCUUGAUAUUCGUCACACGGAGAGGGGAAUUCAGUGCCGCAAAACCAAAAAGGUGGGWGGGAAUCUUCACUGCAUCAUGGCCUUCCAGAGGGUCAACUGGCAGAAGCUAGGCCCCUGGGCCCUCAACCUGGAGAACCUGAGACAUGAUCUCCACCACCAGGGGUCUGAGAGGGCCCAGGGGGGCUUAGCAGAGGUCCAGGAGGACAGGGAGAAGACCUCAGGAAAACACCAGGCUUUGGCRCGGCUAGGCCGCUCCAACAGCACAGGUACCAGUAACCAGAAGGACGUAGCUUGGAAACAGCUGUCCAACACCACAGAGUACAGACACAGGAGCUCACCCGAGAGCGACGUCGAAGAAGACGCCACAGAUGACUGAGACUCYAUGAAGUU